CUUUUCAUAAAUUCAGCUCAUGCAUGCCCCCUCCUCUAAAUUAUGUAUCAAUUUGGGUAGAUUGGUAAUUUCAUGAGUCUAAGUCAUUACUAUUUUCAAAAUAUAAUAUAGUGUUUAGCGCGGUAAAAAUGUUAUUUAUUAUUUAUAUCAAUGCAAUAUACAACGCAACGCAACGAAGUAACAAGAAGAAAAUUAGGAGGGAGACGUCAAAGCAACACAAAACCCUUUUGGACAGAGAAAGAAAAAGCCAUUUCUGCUUUCUCUCUUUACAUUCAAGCUCGCUUAUCAUUGUUAUGUUCCUCACUCACUGCAUUUGCAAUGCAUCGCACUUCGUAGUUCAGAAUGUUCUCUUCGAUCUUUUCUUCAUUCUGAGAUGGCAUUCAAUUUCCUGCAUGAGUCAAGGAACAAAAAUGCAAGAAUUUGGUUUCAUGAAGAAAAUGUGAUAGCAGAAUUUGCUGUCGGAGUAACAUUCCAUCAUCAGAAUCUAGCUUCAAAAUGAUAAUAAUUGGGGUCAAAAAUCUUGAGUGGCCCUAGUGUUCCAUACCAUCCCAACAAUGCAACACAGCAAGCUUCAUGAAGCAUUCAGAAAGAAACUAGUGCUAGAUUAACUGAAUACAAAAGUAGCAUUUGGGUUGCUCCAAAUUCAAUGACGUGUGAUAUCAUUCUCAUAGUUGGAAUUAGAGUUUAGAGGAGGUGGGUGAGGAUGGGUUCUGUGGGAGGGGAGGAGGCAAUGCAAGAUCCUGCAGACCGCGAGGAGAGGAUUCUUGUUUCUGUUCGCCUUCGACCUCUCAAUGACAAGGAGCGUGCAAGGAAUGAUGUUCCUGAAUGGGAAUGUAUUAAUGACACCACUAUCAUAUACAGGAGCAAUCUUUCAGCUUCUGAUAGGUCCCUGUACCCAACAGCAUACACAUUUGACAGAGUAUUUAGGGCAGAUGCCUCCACUAGGCAAGUUUACGAAGAAGCAGCUAAGGAAGUUGCGCUUUCUGUUGUCAAUGGCAUCAAUUCAAGCAUUUUUGCAUAUGGACAAACAAGCAGCGGAAAGACAUAUACCAUGAGCGGUGUAACUGAAUACACUGUAGCUGACAUUUUUAAUUACAUACAAAAGCAUACAGAAAGAGAGUUUGUUUUAAAGUUUUCGGCAAUUGAGAUUUAUAAUGAGUCUGUCAGGGACCUCCUCAGUACAGAUAGUACUCCUCUCAGACUUCUUGACGAUCCAGAGAGGGGGACAGUUAUUGAGAGACUGACUGAGGCAACUAUGAGAGACUGGAACCAUUUUAAAGAGCUUAUUUCUUUCUGUGAAGCUCAGAGGCAGAUAGGGGAGACAUCACUGAAUGAAGCAAGCUCCAGAUCUCAUCAGAUUCUCAGACUGACAAUUGAAAGUUCUGCAUGUGAAUUCCUUGGAAAUGACAAGUCUAGCUCUCUGGCUGCUUCAGUGAAUUUUGUGGAUCUUGCAGGAAGUGAACGCGCUUCCCAAACAAAUUCAGCUGGCACAAGGUUGAAAGAAGGUUGCCACAUUAAUCGCAGCUUACUAACUCUAGGAACUGUUAUCCGCAAACUCAGCAAGGGGAGAAAUGGACAUAUUCCUUUCAGGGAUUCAAAGCUAACCCGCAUACUGCAGUCGUCGUUAGGGGGUAAUGCAAGAACUGCAAUCAUCUGCACCAUGAGCCCUGCACGGAUUCAUGUUGAACAAACCAGAAACACUCUCUUAUUUGCAAGUUGUGCCAAAGAAGUGUCAACUAAUGCACAAGUUAAUGUAGUAGUGUCUGACAAAGCAUUGGUCAAGCAAUUGCAAAAGGAGUUGGCCAGACUACAAAGUGAAUUGAAAACUUCAGGGUCAGCCCACUCUACAUCUGAUUGUGCAGCAUUAUUGAGAGAAAAGGAUCAAGAAAUUGAGAUGUUAAAGACAGAGGUGAAAGAGCUGACUUUGCAGAGGGACGUUGCACAAACUCAAAUUAAGGAUAUGAUCCUCCAAGCAAUCGGAGAUGGCGAGUCUUCCACAGAAUUUGAUAGUGUGUAUUCUCAAUAUCCCAAAAUACGUGUGAGAAAUGUGUGGGAUUUUGGAAAUCAAACAGAGGAGCAAAGUUCAUUGAGUGUUGACUGCGAGGAGAGUUUACGGUCUUUUAUUGCAUAUUCGGAUGGACACAGUAUCUGCUCUGAUGAUAACUUGUUUCAACUUCCUGACCUUGACAAGAAUCUUCGAAUGAGAAGUGCUCCACUCGUGGUCUCACAUAUAGGCAUUCGAGAUGAUCAGAAGAACAUUGAAGAUGAACAAGAAGAGGAUGCCGAUGAUCAGCAAGAAGAGGAUUCUUGCAAGGAUGUUAAGUGCAUUGUGUCUGAGGAGCUAAUUAGAAACCCACAUACACAGCCAAAAGUGGUUGCUUCAAGCUUAAAUACAUACACUGAUUCUAUUGCAUCAUCUCCUUUUGCAAACGCAGAUACCUCAGCAUUGGCUGAAACUGAUAAUAGAAGAGAAAAAAAAGAUCUGGAUUCAUAUUCACCUGGGUUACAGGAAAACAAAAGGGUGAACCACUUGCGCCAAGAUUUUGUUAUUCCCUCCCCAGAGAAAAGUUAUGCUUCUCCCUGGCUCAGAGAAAUCGGUACAUCUAGUUCUAGAAGCUUGAGGUUUAGCAGAAGUAGAAGUUGUAGAGCAAGUCUCAUGAGGAAUUCAUCUUCGUAUUGGUUCGAUGACGAAGAAAGUAUUCAGAGCACAACUCCAAUAGGGAAUGAAAAAGACUUCACUAGAAGACCUGAUGUACUUCAAAGCAAGGCUUAUGUCCUAGACCAAAACACCUAUUUGGAGAGGCUGCCCCCAUGGAAUGCCGGUGAGAAUUCUGUGGAAACUUCUGCCAUUGAUGAUGUACAGAAUGUGGAAUCCUCCAUUGACAAGGAAACUAAGAGCAAUUGUCCUGAAGCUUCAACAACACAAAUAAAAGAAGAGGAAGAUCUUAAAACUAUGAAUUCACCAACUGACCAUGAGGUGUCCAAGACAGGAUUGGAUCCUGCAGUAUCUGCAAAGAAUUUCAAAGACGUUGGUGUGGACCCAGUGCAAGCUGAAGGAGACAGUAGUCCAGACUGGCCUUCAGAAUUCAAGAGGCUGCAAAGAGAGAUUGUUGAACUCUGGGAUGCUUGUUAUGUUUCAUUGGUUCACAGGACUUACUUUUUCCUUCUAUUCCAAGGGGAUCCCUCAGAUUCUAUUUACAUGGAAGUAGAGCAUAGAAGGCUAUCCUAUCUUAAGCAGACUUUCUCCCAAGGCAAACACACUGUGGAAGAUGGAAGAAUUCUUACAGCUCAGUCAAGCAUGAGAACUAUUAAAAAAGAGAGGCAGAUGCUGUGCAAGCAAAUGCUGAGGAGGCUGUCCAAGUCCGAAAGAGAGAACCUCUACUUGAAAUGGGGCCUUCUUUUGAGUUCCAAGAAUAGGAGAUUGCAGUUGGCGAAUCGUCUAUGGAGUGACACAAAGGACAUGGAGCACGUUAGAGAGAGUGCAGCCAUUGUUGCAAAGCUGGUUGGUUCAGUUCAGCCAGAGCAAGCUUUUAAGGAGAUGUUUGGACUUAACUUUGCCCCAAGCCCCACAAACAGGAAAUCUCUUAGUUGGACAAGCAGCAUGAGGAAUAUUUUGUGAGUUUGGAUCACUCUUUAGGAAGGUUGAUUACGGCCAUGUAAAUAACACAUUGUUCUUUCAGGGGCAAGAGGAUGAUUUCACUUGUAUGUUGCUAACUCAGAUUCCUAUUGAACUGAUUGUAAAUUGGUUUGUAACUUGUAAGGGAUGUGCAAUUCCUCAAAGGUAAUUCUUUUCCAAAAAUUGUUGUAGAUUCUGUGCUGGUGAACAUCACAAAUAUUGAAUAGGUUGUAUGGUUUUGUGUGCUAUGUUAGCACCACCG